AUGUCUCCUACCAAGCCGCAGCACAUCAGCGGCGAGUUCGUGAUCACCGACGACGACAACGGUGGUGAACGGGCCCCAAUGAAGCGCUCCUUCGACAAGGUGGACGAGAUCCCCAAAUACGAGGGUGUCCGUCCCAAAGCCCUCGUGUUCGACGCCAGCGCCAUUCUCGAGAACCGCACUGGCAUCUGCCACGCCAUGCACAAGGUCUUCCAGAAGGCCUUUCCCACCCACCCGAUGCCCACCCAAGACGAGAUCAUGGAGGCGUACUCCUACAGCGGUGCCUGGCCUGACAUGCUCGCCCACCUCGGCAUCUCCAAGAAAGAGUACCGCGCCAAGCAAAAGGUUUCCGAGGAGGCCUACAUGAAAGCCUACGGCAGAGCCAACGCCGUCGAGCAGCUUGCCUAUUUCAGCGACUCAGUCCGCGUUCUCCGCGCCGCCAAGGAGGAGGGCUUCGUCCUCGUUCUCUACAGUGACAACAGCCCCUUGAUAGUCGAUGCCCUGCUCCGGUUGGGAACCGUCGACAUCUUUGACAUCUACAUCGACAAUGAAAACGCCUGGAUCAGCCGCGGUGUCACAGCCCCGCCCCGUCCCAUCGAGACCAAGGACAUUAUCGAGGCCUAUGAUGAGUACCUCAAGGACAAGGGACUCAAAGUGGAGGGAGACGACAGCAACAAACUCAAGCGCGAAGAGAUGAUGUUGAUCGAGGGCACCAUCAAGCAGCUCGAAUCCCAUCGUGAGAAGGGAGAGAAUUCCGAGACGUGGAAUUACCCUCUCGUGUACGUCGCCCGCACCGAGGCCGAGAUCAGCGUCGAGCAGGAAUCUUGGUGCGCUUUGAUCGUGGAGGAUUUGGACGAGUUUGGCUACACCGUGUUUGGUCUUGCUCUUCCCGAGACUGCUCCGGCUCGUCCAGUUGCACCCAGUCGUGCCACGGACAAAGUUGUCGAUCCGGUCGAGAAGGAAGUGGUUGAAGUUGAGGAUGGGGAGAAGGAUGCCGGCGAGCAGCAGAUGGACAAUGCUGAGGAGCAGCAGAGCAAGGAUGCUGCUGAUGAGCAGGAGGACAAGGAUACCGAGGAGCAGAACAAUGUUGCCGAGGAGCACCGGAGAACCGAUACCGAGGAGCGAUAG